AUGGAUAUAAAGACCUUGCUGGACAAUCUUCAUGAUGAAGUAUCCUGUUCUGUGUGUAUGUGUACAUUUACUGAUCCAAAGCAGUUGCCUUGUUUGCACAGUUUCUGUCUUCACUGCCUGAACGGAAUUCAACGAACGAGUGGCGUCCAUGGCAAAAUUGUAUGCCCUGAGUGCAGGAGACAGUUUCAGAUUUCUGGGAGUGGAAAUCCCAGCGAACUGCCCACCAAUUUUCGAAUAAAUAGUUUGUUAGAUGUCUUGGCAAUCAAAGAGUGUAGUACAGUCAACGUCAAAUGCAGAAACUGCGAGAAACGGAGCGCCCAGACCUUAUAUUGUUUCCAGUGUUGUUCCUUCUGGUGUGAAGAAUGUGUUGUAGCACAUAACUUAAUUCGAGAAAAUAAAGACCACAGAACGCUAGCACUGAAAGAUUUUCAAGAUCAAGACAUCCAGGCUGUAUUAGAGCGACCUUCAUUUUGUCAGAAGAAACACCAUGAAAAAGAAGAGCUGAAGUUCUUUUGCAAGGACUGUAAAGUCGCCAUUUGCAACACUUGUGCCGUAACGCUUCAUGAAGGUCAUGGUAAGAUGCCCUUGCAAGAAGCUACCGAUGAGCGCAAAACACAAAUCAACUCCAUCAUUCGAUCUUUGAAAGACAAAGUAUUGGAAACACGACAGGAAGUCGAACAAUUCAACCAAAAACGAAUCGCAGUUCAAUCGAAAGUAACCGAAGUAAAAAGCCAAGUGCAGUCUUGUGUAGAUCAAAUUAUUGCAAUCAUCGAAGCGAGGAAACAAGAUGUUUUUGAUGCAGUCGAAAAUCAAGCAAAGAAAUCACUGGAAUCUCUCUUACAGAAAAAAGACGAAGUGGAAAAACGAGUGAAACUAAUUGAAUCAGCAAUUGAACAAACUGAAACUCUGUUGGAACGAAGCUUUAGUACUGAAAUCCUGGGAUUCAGUGAAACAUUUGAUACAAUCCUACAGGAACAGGGCCCCCAACAAAACCGUGACACUGAAUGUAUUCCUCGGUUUAGUUUUACUAAAAGUGAAAAACCGAUUAAUUUGUUAAGCAGUGAAGGAAUAGGUAAUUUAAAAACUGCUUUUAGCGAAACUAAAGUACAAGCAACUAUAGGUAAAGAAAGUAGUAAAGUAAUUGCUGGGAAUAAAGCGACAAAUGUUUGUGACAGACGUCCUUUUAAGGCUCUGGUACAAACUAGACGCUUCAGAUCUGUGUUGUCAUUUGGACAAAAAGGUAAGUCUGUUGGAAUGCUUUCGAAGCCCCGGGGAUUGGCAGUGAAUGAUCAGGAUGAAAUUGCUGUGGCUGACUUUUGGAACGACAGGGUUUCAGUGUUUAGUAGUGACGGUACCCACUUAAGAUCGUUUGGUAGAAGGGGUAAAAAAAAUGGUGAGUUUAUAUUCCCUGCAGGGAUCGCUGUCGAUAAUCAUGGUAAUAUUGUAGUGGCAGACAAAAAUAACCACAGCGUGCAAGUCUUUGAUAGUAGUGGUAACUUUCUUAGAAAGUUUGGUGAAGAAGGAAUUCUUGAUCACCAACUUAGGAACCCUGCAGGUUUAUCAGUAAACGGUAACGGUGAUAUUAUUGUUGCUGAUGAUGGUAACAAAUUAAUCAAGAUAUUCUCUUCUAGUGGGGAGUAUUUACGUAAAUUUGGUGGAGCAAGUACUUUUGUCAGUCCCUAUCACUGUAUCCAACACGGUCAAUAUUUUAUAGUCUCAGACUGGGGGGAUCAUUCCAUUAAAAUAUUUGAUCUGGAGGGAACGUUUAUUUCUAAAUUUGGAAAACUAGGAAACAAGGAUGGUGAGUUCAAAAGUCCCUGUUACUUGUCAGUUAACAAAGAAGGUUUGUUAAUGGUCUGUGAUGGAAAUAAUCACAGAGUUCAGGUUUUUGAACUUAAUGGAACGUUUAUUACAAAGUUUGGGAGUAAAGGUAGGAAGAUAGGAGAGUUUAAUGCUCCAAGGUCUACCGCAAAUCUUAGUGAUGGAAGAAUAGUUGUAUCUGACAUGGACAACAACCGAAUCCAGAUUUUUGACAAGGUAUAA